AUAGAUUUCAAAGCAAAGCAAAGAGACACUGAACUUUGACCAUUUUUGUGCAGAACCUCACAAAAUUUUGGGGUUUUCAGUUUAUUAGAGAAAAAAUGAUCAAGUUUGUUCUUUUCUUGUUAUGCUUUGCCUCUGCAGUGAGCCUAUCAGUUUCAGAGUCGGAAGCUGUUUCUGUGAAACUUCAUGCAGCUGAAUCCUUUUCUGUUGGGUAUAUUCAGAUGAAAACUGCAUCGAACUGCUCUUACUUGGUGCUUAUAAGCACGAGUUGUUCAUCGCCCAAGUUCACAACGGAUAAGAUCAGUAUUGCGUUUGGAGAUGGGAAAGGAAACCAGGUGUAUGUACCAAGACUAGAUGAUCCACUUGCAAAGACAUUUGAACAAUGUUCUUCGGACUCAUUUCAAAUAGAUGGUGCAUGUGCAUCUCCCAUCUGCUUUGUGUAUCUCUAUAGAUCAGGUGCAGAGCAAGGUUGGAAGCCUGAGAGUGUGAAAAUCUUUGGCUAUGACUCAGAGCCUGUUACUUUUACUUUCGACACCUCCAUUCCCAAUGACACAUGGUAUGGCUACAAUCUGUGCCAAACUCCUUCUCCUCCUUCUUCUUCAUUCCAACAAUCACCUCAGAAAUGGCACAUGAGUUUGCUUCUAGGCUUUUUUCUUAGCCUUCUGCUUUAAUAGUGUUAUGGACUUUAUCUAAUACACCAUAAGUAGUAGUGCACUCUAUAGCAGCAGAAAGUAGUAGAAACAUUAUGAGAUGAGAUGUGUAAGACCCUUGGCCAAAGUCAGUUACUAUGUGACUUUGUUUUUAUGCUUUAUGGGAGUUAUGUUGAAUUUAUGGUAUAGUUUUGUGGAAGCCGAAAUGCUGGUAUAUCUAAUGCAUUUUUCUCCAAGAAGAAUUUC